AUGGACGUCGUUAAGACGUUCAUAAAAUGUCCACGGACGUACCGACAUAAAAUGGACAUAAUUCAGACGUCCGAUGGACGUCUUGUGCUAUAUCAACCCAUAAAUGCCGACAGAUACUGCGAGGCCCUCAAAAAGCUUCGUUUGGCCAUUCAAAACAAGAGGACAUGUCGGCUGACAAAGGAGGUGUAUUAUAUGAUAACACUCAGCCCUACUCCGCACGAAAAACGUUUUCGUGCAAAAGGAGUUUGGAAACGCUUUGCCGAUAUUGCAAGAGCAGAAUCUUUUCCAGAAACAGAAGGAAUUAGAAAUACCAUUAUUCCCACAAGUGAUACAGUCAAGUAUCAAAAUAUCAUGUCGAUGCAUAUCAAGUAUCAACGAAGCUUUCUGCUCUAUGGUGACACUGGUACUGGCAAGAGUCUCUAUCUAAAAGAUUUGCUAAUCAACAAAUUAGACGAAAAAGAAUAUCUGCCUAAUCUUAUCACUUUUGUGCCAAAUAUUACUGCGGCACAAACACAGGAGUUGGUAUUAUUGAAACUGCAUAAGAGACGUAGAAAUCAAUAUGGACCAUCAUUUGGUAAGCGUUGUAUUGUCUUUAUUGAUGAAGUAAAUAUGCCAGCGAAAGAAUUCUAUGGUGCACAACCACCAAUUGAAUUAUUACGGCAAUUCUUCGAUCAUAGCAUAUGGUUUGAUUUGAAUAAAUCUGAAGCAAUCACUAUUUUGGACACUAUGUUUGUAUGCGCCAUGGCAAUUUCCGGCGGUAGUAGGCAAGAGAUCUAUAGUCGUUUUUUACGACACUUUAAUUUAUUCAAUGUAUACAAGUUUUCACGCGAUAACUUGUUCAGGAUCUUCACAAAUCUUAUGUUUAUGGGAUUGAAGCAGAAAGGUUUCACUGUCGUUGUAAUGCCGAUUAUCAAUGAUUUAGUGAAUGCCACUAUACAUGUGUUUGAGAAAGUAAUCAUUUAUUUACGACCGACACUACUCAAGCCUCAUUAUCUCUUUGAUAUACGUGAUUUUAUGCGAGUGAUAACUGGUUGCACUUUAAUAAAAAAGGAAUCUGUAAAUAAUAACAAGACUAUCUUUAGUAGAUUAUGGGUACAUGAAGUGCUUCGAGUUUUCAGCGAUCGUCUGAUUAACCAUUCCGAUCGAUAUUGGUUAUUCCAAACAAUCAAAGAUAUAGUAGAAACUGUUUUGAAAGAACGAUUUGACAUAAUAUUUGAACAUCUGCCUAAACUUCAAAAUAAAAUCACAGAAAAGAGCCUAGAUAGUCUGAUAUAUGGUAACUUCAUGGAUAUUGAAUCUGUGUUGGAAGAUCGUAGAUACGAGGAAAUUCCGACAAUAGAAGAAUAUCAACAGAGAGUUUCUUUAUUUCUUGAGGAAUACAAUGAUACACAUCGUGACAAGAUUGAUAUCGUGCUUUUCCAUUAUGCACUUCAGCAUCUCGCUAGAAUUUGCCGUGUGUUGAUGAUUCCUUGUAGUAACAUGUUGAUGAUCGGUACUGGUGGAUCAGGAAGAAAAAGUCUGACAAAACUUUCUGCCGCUAUGUCUGGCUAUGAUCUUUAUCAGUUGAAAAUUAGCAAGGUGUAUGGCAUGCAGGAAUGGCAAGAGGACAUAAAAAAUAUCCUUAGGUAUGAUAGUGAUUAA